UAUAUAUUUUACUUUCACGAGACACUAACGUUUCCAUUUCUCUUCACAAUAUAUUAUACAUUUUCCGAAAGAAUUGUUUUUUCUCACAAAGUGAAUUGAGAAUUUUUGUGCAAAAAAGAAGAAACAAAAAAAUGUAAACAGUUUAACAUUGUGUGAUGAUAAUUAUUGUUUUUGAAAAAUAAGUGAAAUGGCUUUUUAUUGCAAAUUAUUGAAAAUAUUGAAAUUGGAUUUUAAUUUGAAAAAUUCCGUCAAUUAAAAUUAAUUUUGAUAUUUAUAUUAUAAAUUAAAUAUUAAAUGGAAGAAAUCAGUGAUAAAGUGAAAAUAUCUCGUUUUAAAAUGAAUGCCGAAGAAAUAAAAAUUGGAUGUUUUCAUAUUUUUGUUAUAAUUUUUCUCAGUGUUAAUUAUGUGAUUGUAUCGAUGAGUCAUUUGUUACCGGUUUUUUAUAACUAUACUCCUAAAUUUUUCUGCAAGGCUUUGUAUUUGAAAAAUGGAACUGAAGGUUGUAUUUCACAAGAAUUUUUCAAAUCAUUUUCCAAUUAUACAAAUGAAUUUGACAGUAAUGUCAUUAAACCAUCCUCAUCAUUGACAUCGUGCUCGAAUGAUUAUAUUUUCGAAGUUGAAAACGGCGAAUCGAGCAUUGUAACAGAAUGGAGUUUGGUUUGUGAAAAUGAAUAUUUAUCAUUACUUGGAAAUGCUAUUUAUUUUUUUGGCAAUUUAAUGGGCGCCUGGAUUGCUGGCAUUGUUGCCGAUAAAAUUGGAAGACUUCCGGUUUUGGCAAUAUGUCUCUAUACACAAGGAACGAUGGCCGUUUGUCUUUACGUUGUUCAGGACUAUCCAGUGUUUCUUGUUGUUCGUGGACUUCAGGGGAUUUUUGUUCAGGGAUUAGAAAUUUCAACAUACAUUUUGGCACUCGAACUAUUGCCAUCGAAAUUUCGAACAAUCGUGGGAUUAAUAAUGCAAAUUGCGUGGGCCGUUGGUUUGUCACUUUUAGCUGGACUCAGUUAUUUCAUUCCUGACUGGAGAAUUCUUCAAUUGGCCAUCUCCGUUCCUACGGCUGCCACCGUUCUCUACAUUUGGAUAAUUCCCGAAUCGCCACGUUGGCUGUUGGCAAAAGGAAAGUCAACGGAAGCUGAUAUUGCGUUAGAGAAGAUUGUAAAUUAUAAUGGAUGUUGUACGAGGUGGAAAAAAAUAAGGAAACAUGAUAUUGUGCUCAGCGAAAAUGAAACACCCGUGAAUAAGAAACAGGAGAAGAAACGUAUUUUAAUUCAUGAUGACAAUAAUAAAAAAAGUGCAACAGUCAACGAAACUAUUAUUAUUGAAACGGAGAAUUUACUCGAAAAAUCAUCAGAUAAUUCCGAAUAUCAAAAAGGUGAAAAUUCACAACUUGAAUUGAAUGUAAAAUUGGAAAUUUCUUGUAAUGAGAUCGAUGACAAAAAUGCUGAUAAUGAGGAUAAUGAACAAGAUAUGGAGAAAAAUGAAAAGUUAUUAUAUCUUAAAAAGGAGAGACACUCGAUUAAAAUUUCUCAAUGUGAAAAUGAUGACAAUAAUGAUUCUCAGAAUGAGACACCGGUUUUGGAAAUAAUAAAAAAUAAUGAUAAACGAAGGACAAUUAUUUUAUCGGAUAAUAAAACAAUAAAACAUGAAAGUUUUAAUGAGAAGAAAAUUGUUUCUAAUUUUUUUGAUUUACCAAAAUAUAAAACAAUUUUACGUCAUUUUGCAAUUUUAAUUCAAAUUUGGCUCAGCUCAUCGGCCGCUUAUCAAUGUGUCGAGUUUCUUCUUCCAAAUUUAAAUUCAAAUCGACACAUAACUUUUGUCAUGGAAGGUGCAUUGGAAAUAGCCUCCUGUCUUUUUGUUUAUUUUACAUUAACAAAAUAUGGAAGAACGUGUCCCUUGAGUCUUUGCAAUAUUUUAAUUGGAAUAAUUUUCAUUGGUCAUGCAUCGAUUGAUUAUUAUCUUUCUCAGUCAUCGUUAUUUUUUAUCGGUCCAGUGAAAAAGAUAUUUUUAUUAUUGGCAAAAAUGAUAAUUGCCAGUUCAUUUUUCACAUUAAAUUUGUACACUGCCGAAUUAUUUCCAACAAUUCUUCGGGCAUCAUGCUUUGGAUUUUGUGUUAUUUUCGCUAAAUUUGGAAGAAUUUUAAUUGAAUAUUUCUUGGAAAUUGAGAAAAAUUACAUUCCCACAUUUGCACCAUUGGGAGUUGUUGGAAUGUUGAGUUUCGGUUCAGGAAUUAUUGCCCUAACACUACCGGAAACAUUGAAUCGAAUUCUUCCCGAUACAAUGGAGGAAGCAAAUAAUUUGGGAAAAAAAUUCAAAUUAAAACGAAAAAAUGUAAAAAAAAAUACAAAAAACAAUGACGCAGUGAAGCAAAAUUUAAAUGAGAAAUUAUUUUCUGAUGAUUCAGUUGACGUUGGCAAUGGAAUAAUUGUUAAUUUCAAUGAGGGAAAAAAUUCCAAUUCUUCUCAGUGAAAAAAAAAAAAAAAAAAAGUUUCUUUUUUUCUGUAAAUAUUGUCCGAGGCUAAGUUACCAAAGUAUGUAAUAUUAUAUAAAUAUUUUAUAAUACACGAUAAAUAAAAUUUUACAAAAAAAAAAAUCAAAUUUUCAUUUAAAUUAUCAUUUAUAAAUAAAAUUUUUAUAACUGUCGAAUUUAUUGGAAAUUAAGAAUUUUUAUUUUACCUAAUUUAUUAAAGUUAGAAGUGAAGGUUUAUUUUUUU